AUGGAAAAAGAACAGAAGGAGCAGGAAGGAGAGUUAUCAAAGCGUGCCAUCAUUAUCGGCACACCUCAGACAUCAUUUUUGACUAUGCCCCGAGUUAAACGAACACAAGCAUCAUUCUUGAGAACAGUCACAGGAACAGAACGUCGACUUUGUAUAUCGAAUAUAUUUACUAAAUCAACUGCUUUAGUAACCACUAUCAGACCAAUUUUAGUUACAAAUCCAGAAAAUGAGACUCAACAGGGCACUACACCAUUAUUUUUUUUUAUAGUAACAUCGCAUCCAUUAACACUCGAAUAA